AUGGAAAAUACAGGUCAUUUGUUCCGCGAUUGUGAGUUCACAAAGCGUAUUUGGAUGUGCUCCUCGCUCGGGAUUCAACCACAAGCUGCCACAAACAUCCCGAUCGUGGAUUGGAUACGGAAUUUGCUAAAUCUAUUCUGGAAAGAAGACGGAAUAAAAUCUGAGCGAGUUCAGGAGUUCGUUCUCACACUCUGGUUUAUUUGGAUUUUCAGAAACAAUAUAGUCUUUCAAAACCAAUAUGAUAAUCCGAUCACUAUCUAUAAAAGGAAGGAAACACUCCUAAGUGAAUAUGCCGAAAGCAAGAAGUUAAAAGUGGCAAAUCCUCGAUCAACCCAGUCACGAACUACAGAACAACCGGAAGAGAUACGACAAACAAGUAACCUCCAAUAUGAUACAAGCUGCAUCAUUCUAGUGGAUGGGGCCUGGAAAAGGUAUAAGAAGUUUCACCCAAGAGCAGGAAUAGGAUGGGUUGCUAGAGAAAAUGAGGCCAUAUUAUUUGAAGGCAAUGCAAAUGUAAUGGCGUCGACUCCAACACAGGCAGAGGCCUAUGCUCUGUUUCACGCCAUGCGCACGACAUACAACAGAGGAAUCAGACAGGCUACUUUUAUUUCAGAUUGCGCCGAGCUAGUCCGAGCAAUAGAUAGUCAACAUCAUCCUUUCGAGAUAACCACCAUCAUUCACGAUAUUAAUUCUCUCAGAGCUAAGUUCGACAAAUGUGAAAUCAAAAAGGUAAAUAGAAUAGAUGUUAAACCAGCACAUGUAUUAGCCCAAGCAGCUAGACAAGGCGAUGAGAGAUAUAGGAGUAGAAAUGAGCAGCGGCAGCAUCGUCGGGAAAAAUGGCGGUGA